AUGAAUCAUCAACAGCAACAACCAAGACAAAAUAUGAGGUUUUAUUCACAUCAACAAAUGAUGAAGCAACCAUCAAUUAAUAUUAUGCAUCAUGAUGAUCAUCAAGAUAUGGAAAAUCGUGUCCAUGGCCAUCCAGACAAUCUUGGACAAACUCAACAACAACAUAACGGAAAGAGUGGAAGAAAAUUCAAGAAGGACAGCAACAAGAAUAUGAAAUACGUGAAUCCAUUCAUUGGAACUGGCAAGGGCUUUGGUUCUGGAACCAUGAGUCCAAUGGCUCAAACUCCUUAUGGAAUGAUUAGAGUUGGACCUGAUACUACUAAUACUUUCGAUUUGGAGAUUUCUUUUGAGCAUCCAGGUGGUUUCUACUAUCCAGAUGAUUACAUUCACAUAUGCGUUUGGGCCUAUAAUAAGGAAACUCAAUUUGUUCAACCAGGUUAUUUCAGAACUACUUUGGAAAGAUAUGACAUUGAUGAAGAAUUGACCAGUGGCUAUUAUUCUGGAAUUCACAGAUAUACUUUCAACGAUCAAUCGAAAGAAUCUUUUAUCAUUUUGGAUAUUUCACAUACCAUUGAUAAGACAUUCCUAAAAGGUCAAUUGAGAAGUUCAAAGAUUAAUAUGCAAAAGACGUAUCAAGCAAUGAAAAAGACAUCUAAUGAACCAGUCAAUUAUGUUGGAAGAGUCAAUCCAGCUCAAUAUAAUUCUCUUGGUUUUGUCCCAGAAGAAUCUGCCCAAGUUGGAGCAGUUCUCACUCUAGAUUAUUCCUACGAAGAUUCAUGCAUUGCCUCCGUUGCUAAGGUCCUUAACGAAACUGCAGACUAUUUGAACUUUACUGCUCGUUCUCAAUUCUAUAAGAAUGUGUGGCACGAGAAGGAACAAUUCUUCUGUCCAAAAUCAAUUUCUGGAAAGUGGAAUUGUCCAGAAUUAACAUUUGCCGAUGGAUGGGACAGUGAUGCCUGGCAUUAUAGAUUCUUUGUUCCACACGAUAUUCCACGAUUAAUUUCCCUGUUUGGAUCAAAGGAAAAGUUCACUGCUGCACUGGAACAAUUCGCAAAAGAUUCCUUCGACUUUCCAUUCACCGUAUUGCCAAAUCCAUUCUAUUGGGGAGGAAAUGAACAUGAUCUAAUGAGCAUGUACUUGUUUAACUAUGUGGACAGAGCAGAUUUGACUCAAUACUAUGUGAGACAAAUGAUGGAUAGAUUAUACAGUGUGAAUCCAGAUGGUUUGCCUGGAAAUAACGAUUAUGGAACGAUGAGUGCAUGGUUUGUGUGGUCAGCACUUGGUUUGUAUCCAAGAGCUGGUUCUAGUGAAUAUUUUGUUGGAUCUCCAUUGUUUGAGAGUAUUCAGGUGGAGAGAGAGAAUGGUUGUUUCUUGUCUAUUGAAUCUUAUAACUUUAAGCCAGAUUCUCCAAAAAUUCUUAAAGUAGUAUUGAAUGGUCAAGUGUUGACUAGACCAUUCAUUGAUCAUUCUCAAUUGAAUUGUGUAAAUGGAAAGAAUAGUGUGAAAUUGGAAUAUUUCUUUGCAUAA